UCAACGGCUCUCGUGCCAGAUCGAACGCCUGGCGUUCAGGAAACGACCACCACCCCCCGCGCGCGAAACCUCCCUGAAAACCGGUCGUGGCACGUGGCGAUCAGUCGCGGGGAAUCGCGACGCGCGGUCUCCUUGAAUUCUCUUCCCUCCGCGUUGGAAAGGGGCGACUUCCCUCUCUACGCCGCGAAGACGGACGUCCGGUGGCUCGGGGAGAUUCCUUCGUCUCGUCAAUUUCGCACGCUUUCCCGCACCCCUUCUCCGCUCUCCGCCGCCCCUUCCUCCCUCUCCGACGCGCAGGGAGCGCACUGUGCAGGGAUACCGCUUGCAGCGCUCUGCGAGGAACGCCACUCUUAAUUCUAGCGACGUAGAGAAUGCGGCGCGUCCAUGACUCCCGCUAACGGUAACACGCUCUCGUCGUCGUCGGAGAACUCGCCGAGCGGCGGUCACGCGGCACAGAUGGGGCAGGGAAAUUCACCAAAGUCUCAUGUUCUCAAGAGAAGCGCGGAGGUAGAUUUAGAUGAUAUUACCGGCACGAAGAAGCGUCAUAAAAAUCCACAACCGAAAAAUGCGGUAUGUGCAUUAAACGAGCUAAAAACCGGAGCCACGUACAAAGUAGUGGGUCAGACUGGACCCACACAUGCUCCGUUAUUCACGAUCGCGGUACAGAUCGAUGGCCAGACGUACGAAGGGCAAGGCCGCACCAAGAAGAUGGCAAAGCACGCAGCUGCUGAACUUGCUUUACGGAACAUCGUCCAGUUCAGAGAUGUGCCCGAUGUUCACCAAGCUAUCAAUACUUGCCAGUCUGUUGUGCCUCUUGAGCCAGAUUUCACGAGCGACGUGACGGAACGUGAUAAUCAUCUUGUCAAUGCAUUUAAAACGCAAGAGCCAAAGAAUACUAAUAAGUUCUUAGAUAAAGGUCCAGUGGCGUUGAUUAACGAAUUGUAUCCGGGCGUCACGUAUAAUUGUAUAUCCGAUAACGGGGAGAGUUACGCAAAGUUUACAAUAUCGCUAUCUAUUAACAACGAGACGUUUGAAGGAACGGGCCCGAGUAAGAAACUGGCGAAAGCCGCGGCGAGUAAGGCCGCUUUAGCGAAAUUGCGAAACGUCCACAGUUCCUCAUUUGGUUUGCCGCUUCCCAUACGCGUCAACUCCUACCCUUCGCAAGAACAAAUGUCCUUGCCGCAAAUGCUGACCGAUAAAAUCGGCAGAAUGGUUAACCAGAAAUUCAGCGAACUUAUUCAAAGCAAACCGCAACACGCGCGACGUAAGGUCUUGGCUGGUGUUGUAAUAACGAAGGGACAAGAGGCGGAACUGAUAUGUGUCACCACCGGUACGAAAUGCAUCUCGGGUGAUCAUUUGAGCCAGACUGGCGGUGCUCUAAAUGAUUGCCACGCGGAAGUGGUAGCGCGACGGUGCCUCUGUGAAUACCUUUACAAACAGUUGGAACUCCACACUGAAGAUAAGGGCGCUGAGUCCAUUCUCGAGCCAGCCAAAAAGGGAUUCAAAUUGAAGCAGGGCAUCGAGUUUCAUUUGUACAUCAAUACCGCCCCCUGCGGCGAUGCGAGAAUUUUCUCACCUCACGAAGACAACGACUCCAUAGACAAACAUCCCAAUAGACGAGCCAGAGGUCAAUUGCGUACGAAGAUAGAAUCCGGCGAAGGGACUAUCCCUGUAAAAAGUAACGAGGGUAUUCAAACCUGGGAUGGCGUAAUGAUGGGUCAAAGACUGCUGACGAUGUCGUGUUCGGACAAAAUAGCUCGGUGGAACGUACUUGGUGUGCAGGGUGCACUCUUAAGCCACUUCAUCGAGCCAAUUUACUUCCACAGCAUUGUCCUCGGCAGUCUCUUGCAUUCGAGUCAUAUGUAUAGAGCGGUGUGCGGUCGCAUUGAAAAGACUAUACAGGGUUUGCCUCCGCCGUAUAGACUUAAUAAACCGUUAAUGAGUCUAAUAACAUCUUCUGAGGUCAGGCAACCUGGAAAAGCGCCUAAUUACAGCGUCAAUUGGACAAUCGGACAAAGCGAAGCCGAAGUUAUAAAUUGCACGACUGGCAAAGAUGAACUGGGGAAACCUUCUAGAAUAUCUAAACAAGCAUUCUUCAGGCGGUUCUUUGCUCUCUUGUGUAAAAAACUUCCGACUAUAAACGAUGUUGACAAGGAUAGUUGUCGCCAGUACAACAUGGCAAAGUGCUCAGUACAGGAUUACUCGCUUGCCAAGCAUCAAUUGAAGGAUGCUUUUAUGAAAGCACAGCUUGGAAGUUGGGUGAAAAAGCCGUGUGAGCAAGACACGUUCGACAUCGAUAUCUGACUAAAUCAGAGUAAUAAUAGCGUAACGAAAAACGUAAAAAGCCCAUCGAUUGAUUUUGUAGUUCCUAGUGCAAAAUAGAUCGCUCGUUCAGCGUGUCAUGAUAUGGCAGAAUUUGGUAUCAGUAAAGCAUAAAUCGUAGGAUCUCGCGCAUGUGUUCUUUUGCGCCCUAUGAUCUCGAUAUAUUUACCGUGUUCAGAGUGUAUUACGAAUUAUCGAUAAUUAAUAAUUUCGUUGUAGUCGAUAGGAAGAUUUCGCGCACCAAAGGGCUUUGGACUGUAUAUUAUUUUGACUUGUUAAUAGCAAUAAUUGUUGACGAAAGAUCAAUUCAGCACAUAUCUACACAGGAUUUCUUAGUGUUAGCGUGACUCGUAACGUAUUUGCUUCUCACCAACUUUCUAAUUUCACCAGAAACCUUUCUAACUUUGCCGCAUUAUACGAAACAGCUAUUUGAUGAAUCAGUACAAAUAAUCUUUUUCUUUGUGCAAUCAACAAUUUCGUCACUGUUAUCAUUCCAACAUUUUUACUUUUGUUUCCCUAUUUGCAUAACAUAUUUACAUAGGCUUUAAGGCUAAUCGAUUACGAUUUUAAAUAUAAUAGUUUGGAAUUAAAACUAGUUUUAAGAGGCAACAUUAGUGUCUUAUAUAUGAAUGCAUUGUACCUACGAUGUCCCCAGAUAACAUUCUAUGUCAGAAAUACGCAAAUUUUAAUCUCAAUUUCUUAUAAUUUUUUUUCUUUCAACAAAAUUAUAAUUUGUCGCUUGAUGUAAUUACAUCUAAUACGCACUUAAACGCGUGACACGAACAUCCAUGUAUCAUACACAAUGAACAUAUCUUUGCGUAAGUGUGCAUGCAAAUUUAACGGCGUCUGUCACGAUAUUGCGUAUUUCUAUGUCCAGGCAUCCGAGACUCGGAACUUAAUUAUUUAUGAGUUAACGAAAUGCUAUCUGGGAUCUUUUUGUAGGACAUUUAGAUAUCGUAGCAACGAAUUAAGUUGCACUUUGAAUCCUCAACGGCUGUGAUUCAGAUCUGGAAUGGGUCUUAAUCGUAAAAAGUAAUCGUUGCACAGUUCGGUGAAAAAGACGGGACAGAAUUUCUCAUGAGCACUUGCGUAACAAUUGCAAUUUUCCAUUACAGCAGCAAUUUAUAAUAUUCUUAUUUACCCUUUAUCCUUGCUAGAAUCGGAGAUGCAAUCUUCGCUGUAAAUUCGGAGAUGUAAUUUUACAUAUUACCUUCCGCUAUGUUUUCAGCAAAGAUCAUUGUUUAAAUGUUAGACAGAAAUAUUUUCAGCAAAGACCAUUGUUUAAAUGUUAGGCAGAAAUGUUCAACGGCAAAUUUUACAAAACUCAUCACAUGUAUAAUAUUUUAAUAUCAGGAUCGAAAGGCUAUUCGUGUUUCGUCGUAAAGUCUGCACAAUCCUAGUUUAUGUCGAUCAGAUAAAUUUUUAUCGAGGUAUACUUGUAAAAAAGGUGCAUGAUCGUGCAACAUUUUAUCUUUUUUUAAUAAAAUGAAAUAACGCACUUAAAAUAACGUACGACGCUUCACCACCGCUUACUGUGCCAUAUUCUUCGCGAGCAACAAGGUUUAAAAAUUCAUUCGAUCUCACGUAGGAAUUAGUGUUUCGAAUGCUAGCUGCAAAACGCGAGGCAAUGAAUGAUAAAACAUGUAUUAUCUUAGAGCACAUGCACUUUUUUUUAAUCCUAUGACAGAAUUUUAUCCGAUGUAAACUAGGACUUGUAUGUAUAAGUAAUCUGCAACUGUCCGCAGUCGGUUCAAUGUAGCGAUUGGUUUUGGGGAUGUAUACUUUCGGGACGUAUUUAAAUAAUACGUGUAUAGGAGUUAAAGGAACGGAAGUGAUUGAUGAUUGAUGUAAAAAGAACACGAUAAUAAUUACGUACGCAACGUGAACGGUUACAUACUUUUCCAGGUAAAUAAGUAUUCAUAUAUUUAGAGGGAGAAUCCUAAGGUCAUUGCCUCACUGUGCCAGUAUUAUCAGUACAAUUCUGCCGUAGUGACACACUGCCCGCGUUGGUCCAGUUUUGCAUAUAGAACUUAUUUAGUGAAAUUUAAGUUAAUGCAAAAGAAUACCAAAAAAAAGAAUACCAAAAACUAUAGUACUUUAUGUGUAUGUGUAGGUGUUAGCGUUUAGCGAAACAUAAAGUAUUAUUUCAGAUAGAGAUUGUUUAAAAAAAAUUGUAUUAGAGAGAAACGACAUCUUUUUAGUUUUAAGCGUAUGCCGCACACGCAAUCAAUUUUACGGUGACCAUUGAACCUAUUUUUCUUUUACGCUUUUCAGCAAAUGUAUAAUGAGCCGAUGUACUUACAUUUAGAAUUACUCACAUUUAGAUUGUCGGAGCAUUUAAAAUAUCGCGUCCGAGCAGUUCAUUUGUUUAUUUUUUCUAAACGCGAGAUGCAUUCCAUUUGUCUUCUGUUUCGCGUGCUUCUCAUUCCCGUAAAACAGAUUGCGUGCAGCGACUAAGGCUGCAUUCGGAGAGACGCUAUUGGUGUUUGGCUCGCGUACGUUGCAGUCAAUAUGUGAUACCAGUCGUGUAUUUGUGCCAAGCGCAAUACGCACCAACAGCUCAAUAAAUUUUGCUUUGUCUUCUC